CAGCAAAAUACCCAUUUCGGGAGAACGGAUGUGGAUCGAUUCCGAAUUCUGAGAUUAAUUUUGUUAUAAGACCGUACAUAGCCCGAAUAUGCUCAUGUAACAUAUCAAUCAGUCUGAUGGAGGAAGAUGGAAAUUUGUAUUCUGCAGGAUUUCAGUGGAUGAUAGAAAACAUAGGCAGUGCCUUGAACCAGGAUAGAUUUAAUUGAUGUUUGAUUGAGUUGUCAACCCUACAGAAGUGAAGAUGCCUUCACCAGUGAAUGUAACAGUAAAAGAAACAGAGGUAGUCAAGCUGGUUCUUGACUUCCUCCACACAAGGGAGCUCUAUCUGUCGAUGCGAUCUCUAGAGCGUGAGAGCGGAAUCGUCAAUGGGCUCUUUUCAGACGAUGCCCUUUUCUUGAGACAGUUGAUCCUGGAUGGGCAGUGGGAUGAUGUUCUUGAAUUCAUCCAACCAUUACAGAGCAUUGAGAGCUUUGACUCAAAGGCAUUCCAAUAUCUUAUCCUCAAGCACAAGUUCCUUGAGAUGCUGUGCAUGAAAAGUGAAGAUUUCCAGCACCUUCAAGUGGAGUUCUCCAGUGAGGAGGUUGUAAGUUGUCUAAGUGAGCUUGAACCAUACUGCCCAAGUAAAGAGGAGUAUAGCGCUUACUGCCUAUUGUUGACACUCCCUCGGCUGACAGAUCAUCAUAUGUACAAGGACUGGAGUCCCAGCAGUGCAAGGGUCCAGUGCUUCCAGUCUGUCUACCCUCUUGUAAGUAGAUUUCUCCCAGUGGACAAGGCUUUAGCUGAGAAUGAAAGCACUGCCAGCAAAGACAGGCUAGUGCAGCUCAUACUAAAAGGAUUGUUGUUUGAAAACUGUGUUGAAUAUUGCCAACAAAAAGCCAUCAACCGCGAUGCGAAAACUAGCCAGAUUGUCCUACGUAGCAUGAUGACAGGGACGCCAGCUGAUGAUGCCGACCUGAGCUUGUUAUCCUGGUUGCAGAGUCUCCCUUUCGACACCUUUGCCACACCCUUCGAGCAGCGAUCUUUACAAAUAUCAGUCAACAAGAUCAUCAAGCCAAGCACAUCCUUCUCUGAGCAAAUCAUGACUCCAAUGACACCGACUCCUGGAAGCAAGACGAGAAUGUAUCCUUCUCCAUCACCGUCGACACCCACUUUGUACAGAGGCAGGCCAUUUUCGUCAAGCUCCAGAGCCCUCUCGCAAUCGCUCACACCAAAUCUAGAGAGCUUACUUAACCAAGCUAAGAAAAAGGAGGAUAAUGGAACAGGUGAUCCAGGAAUGCUCUCAAGAUCUUUGAUCAACAUGCAGCUGUCAGGCAGCAGCAGCACCAUGCGUGAAUCCUUACCCACCCUCACAGAAGGGGUGGAGAAACCAUCGGGAGCUCCGUUUUCCAUCAGCAAUCCUUCAGUCACUCCAAGUAUACCAGCCAGAUUUAAUCCAGGAUCCACAGGAGCUAAUGCAAAGCAAACUGAGGUGCGGAACUCUUCAGCCGCUGCUUAUGAGGAUUUCCGUCAGGAUCGCGAGAGGGCUCAGCGUGAGCUACAGGAGAGGGAGCAACGCAGGAAACAACUAGAGGAGGAGCUGACUGGAGGAAGCAGUGCUCCGGCCACUGCUCCACCAGCCACGGCUCCGGGUGUACAGGGAGCUGUCCAAGGCAAUGGAGUGACAAGCACCCCUAUGACUGGGGCCUCAACCAGACAGGUCACACCUCCUAAUUUUACCCUGCGUCCCGCAACUGCCGUGAAAUCAAGUACCCCUAAGGUCGCAUACGGCAUGGUAAACCAUACCCCGGAGCCAGAGGCAUCGCCCAUUCUGAGCCGGCCCAUGUCAUCCCACCAACCCCAACCGCAACAUCCAGUGCUACAGCAGCGUAACUCGAUGCGGAACAGCCAAAGGAAUGCUAGUACCAGUAGCGGGACACCUAGUCCUCAGACUCCCAAUCGUCAGUUGGAGACAUCCUUUGGAGAGGCAUUAGGUCAUGGUCGUGGAGUUUCCAAUGCCACAUACAUUAACCAGGAUCCUGUGUUUGAUCCGCCACGAGUCAACCAAUCGUCAUUACCGCAGCAAGUGCCUCAGAGGCAACAGCAAUACGAGACAUCUAGGUCGGAUCAGUAUAGGUCUCAGCCACAGCGGAUACCCCAACAGCAGAAACAACAAGAUCAAAGGCACUUUGGGGCUGGGUCGCCACUGGGUGAUACUUCGAAUACAGUGCAAAGAAUCAGGAACAGUUCUCCUGCUGCUGCUGGUCAGCGGCAGUCUCCAAGACAGCAUCUCAUUGAUAACAAUAUGAUCAAUUCGGGAACUAAGGAGGGCAUCAAGAUUUGGAACCCUACAUGCCAUGCAGUCAGUAGUCUAGAAGAUGUCCAAGCUAUCCGGGCUGUGACCUUUGACCCAACAGGAUCUUUCUAUGCAGUGGGUUCCAAUUCAAAGACACUCCGGAUCUGUGUUUAUCCAGAUAUAACAGCAUCAAGUGGUGGAGGUAGUGUACAGCAGCCUAAAGUCUUAUUUAAAAGGAUGCGACAUCACAAAGGGUCUAUCUAUUGUGUUGCAUGGAGUCAUACGGGUAACUUAGUCGCUACUGGGUCAAAUGAUAAACUAGUCAAGCUGGUCCGCUUUGAUCCUGACAAGUGCAAUGCUAGUGGACCAGAUGUUGAUCUGUCGUUCCAUGAUGGAACAGUUCGGGACCUGGUCUUCCAGAAGGACAGUCCUAGUGGGACUACCCUGAUCAGUGCAGGGGCUGGUGAUUGUAGUAUCUACCUGACUGACUGUCAACAAGGACAACCUGUACAUGCAAUGGCUGGACAUACAGGUCAUGUACUCUCACUAUACACAUGGUCGGGUCAUAUGCUGGCAUCAGGGUCUCAAGAUAACACUGUGAGGCUGUGGGAUGUGAGGACACCUCGAUGCAUCCAGAUUAUAGGCUCACCAGGGUCUGAUAGUGGUGAAGGUAGUGGGGCUGCUGCAGUAGCCGUUGAUCCCUCCGGUCGACUCCUUGCAUCAGGGCAUGAAGACUCAUCCUGCAUGUUGUACGAUAUACAUGGAGGACGCCCUCUACAGACGUUCAAGUCCCAUAGUUCUGACAUCAGAUCCCUCCGAUUCUCGCCACGCAACUUCUACUUGAUGAGUGGGUCGUAUGACUGUACUAUCAAACUCGCGAAUCUACAAGGAGACAUCACACAAGCCAUUCCUUCAACAACCAUCGCAGAACAUCGAGAUAAAGUCAUCCAGUGUCGCUGGCAUCCUAGCGAUCUUAGCUUCCUGACGUCUAGUGCUGAUAGGACAGUCACGCUAUGGUCUAUGGACAAUCCCUAACACCAUUGGUUUCAUUUACAUUAUAUUAUUGACUAUGUGAAGUAGCCUGUGGGAUUAGUGUGUCUUUCUGUUGGCACCGUGACAUAAAUCGGGGCCAUGUCUUUCAGCAUGAAUCGUGCAAGCGUCUUUUCAUCUAACACAUUUUCAUUAUUGACAAGAUAAUUGAUGAUUCGGAGGGAGCACUUUCAAAGCACUCUGACAAGUGUCUUUUCAUUGUAAUCCUCACAUUUUAUUAGAGACAAAAAACAAAGGGCAAUUUGAGGAAGGCAUCUUUUCAGCACUAAUCCUCAUACUGCUAUAUAGACAAAACAUUGAGCAA